CUUUUAUAAAUAACUAUAUAUUUCAAGUUAUUGAUUAUAUAUGUUGUGGUUUUUUUUAUUCAACUGGUUACCUCCGAACGGGGUUAAAUUGCUAACUUAACAAAUAAAACUGACAAUGCGUCUUAAAUGCCGGUGCAUACACUUACGAUAACAAAGUUCAGUCGGAUAUAAAUAAAACAAACAGAAGGACAGUCGUUCGUACAGACCGGAUGUAACGUUUUUUUUGAGGAUUCGUAUACGUUGUACCCAAAUGUGUACUUAUAGAACUGUAUACGUAUUUCGCGGAGGAAGAAACUGGACAAUACGUUGUUUAUGAAAGUUUAGAAACACUCGUGAUAAAAAAUGGCAGACAUAACGUGACAUAUUGUUUACACAAUAGUUUACGUAGUUUCUUAGGAGCAAUGCUUAAGUCGGAGGACUUCUCCGAUAGGUCUCCCCUCCUCGACAGCGGCGAUGGCGAGACUGCUGUCAAUGAGGGUGCGGGGCAGAGGAGGAUAUCCCGGGGGACAUCGUAUUGUAUUAUUGGCGUACUGUUUGUGGUUAAUCUAAUCAACUAUAUGGACCGCUACACAGUCGCAGGUGUAUUGGACAUGGUUCAACCAUACUAUGGACUGAACAGCUCACAGGACGGACUGAUACAGACGGUGUUCGUUAUAACCUAUAUGAUUUGCUCACCGAUGUUCGGUUACCUUGGCGACAGAUACUCCCGGAAGUACCUGAUGGUGGUCGGCAUCCUCUUCUGGUCCGGUAUCACAUUGGCUAGCUCUUUCAUUGAUAAGGACCACUUUUGGGUUUUCCUGAUGUUGCGCGCCCUAGUAGGUGUUGGAGAGGCCAGUUACGUCACAGUUGCACCUACGAUCAUCGCCGACCUGUUCCAUGACAGCAUGCGUACAAUAAUGCUCAUAAUAUUUAAUGUGGCCGUGCCAUGCGGCAGUGGACUUGGAUACAUUGUGGGGUCCAAUGUGGCCAAGCUGUUAGGCGGAUGGCAGUGGGCACUACGGGUGACCCCGGGGUUUGGCGUGAUCUGUGCCAUACUGAUACUGAUCCUCCCAGAGCCAACGCGAGGGUCGGCGGACGGAGGGACUAAUCUCAAUAAAACAUCUUUCCUACAGGACCUUAAAGAACUUUUUACCAAUAAGACGCUGGUACUUUCAUCACUGGGGUUUACGUGUGUAGCCUUUGUGACUGGGACGCUGGCUCUGUGGGCACCUAUCUUCAUCCACGACUCCAUGAUAUUCCAGGAGCGCACGGUACAGCAAUCCAGCGACAGCGUCAGCCUGAUAUUUGGUGUAAUCACGGUGGUAGCAGGUCUGACGGGCGUUGCUAUAGGCGGAGAGACGUCCCGGAGACUAAAGACCAGGUACCCCCGGGCCGACCCUAUCAUAUGUGCAGGUGGAAUGAUAGUUGGAGCUCCUUUACUCUUCUUCGCCCUUUACGUGUGUCGUUAUAACACAACUGUCGCAUGGGUCCUCAUCUUCUUUGGAGAGACAGCAGUAUGCAUCAAUUGGUCCAUUGUCAACGAUAUAUUACUGUACGUGGUGAUCCCUACCAGACGGGCGUUAGCCUCGGCCGGUCAGAUUUUCGUGUGUCAUGCCCUCGGGGACGCAAGCAGUCCCUACAUCGUCGGUCUGGUGUCAGACGCUUUAGCAAAAGGCUACAGCCAGCCGGCCACUACCCCCAUUGUCCAGUUCGCCACUUUACAGAUUGCCCUUUACGUCACCCCAUUCGUCAGCGUCUUGGGAGGAACCUUCUUCCUGGCCGCCUCCAUGUUUGUAGUAGAAGACCGCAAUGCUGCCGAAAGAGCAACAGAUGUCCCUUCCUGUUGCAUAAGAGAUUGUGUAUACGCCACCGGAAGUAGAUGAUGAACAAGUGGAGUUACCAAAGAACGACUUCCUGCCCGCCGAUUUAUCAUAUUCUGUAAACUGAAAUCCCUUAUGACCACAUGAUUAAUCAACGGAGAAAGCAGCUACCUACCAUCACAUUGCAGUUGACCAACACUACAAUAAACGGAUACUAUAAUUAACAUGCAAUUAAAGUAAACCGGAAACUACAAUUUACACGGGUCUACUGUAAACAGGAAACUAUAAUUAAGCAAGGAACUUCAGUUACCAGAAAACUAGAGAAAUGCACAUUGCAUUAGGUGAACACUUCCAAAGUGUGGUACUGUGAUAUACUCGAUAGAAACUGUGAAUAUGACUACAAUGAUACGGGUCUGUUAGCAUAGUGUGCUAAGUUGAUCGUCAUAAUUAAGUGCUCGUAACGAAGUGGGGACUUAUUGGUUUUACUCCGUUUCAUAUUCUCCUUCUUUUUCUUCUUCUUCCGCCAUAAAAGUUUCCGACACAUUUCUCAAAAACGAUUGGACAAAAAACACAAGUGAUCGUCAUGGUAAGGAGGUAUGCAAAUGACAUUUCAUUUUCUGAUCGGUCAACCAAGAUGUCCGCCACGGCCUCUGAUUGGUCGAUUUAAAUACUGCUCGAUUUUGCUGAAUUUUGGUAUGUAGGUGUAUUUUUGCGUCUUUGAGACAAUUGAGACAAUGGAGUUUUGGGGACUUAUGUUAUGGUCCCCCAUUACAAUUAGUACUUGUUCAUAAUGUAUUUAUGGUAAGUACGGAGGCGUGUUCCCAUUUCAAACAAAUAUGGCUUAAUUACAUAAACAAAAGAACAAAUCAAAAGUAAGUUCGAGGACAAUUUGA